CAACAUCUAAUCGCAUUUUCUCUUCGGAAGCUUUUUGUUACAAGCGGUUUUUCAUAUAUACAUCAUAUCGAUUCCUCAUAUGCUUUUCAACGUUUGAUAAUUUUUUUCUUUUAUUUCCCGGCUUCUUUAAUCAUCCCACAUUUGUGUAGUACAAUAUAUCCAGCUCUUAUGGCCGCUAUUGGCCAGUGAGUGUCAGCAGUAAGGCGGCUCCCCGCCGUUCCUCCCCCGUGAUCCUUUUUCUUUUGAGGACGACAGACAUGCACCGCGAAUGUGCGGGCGCUUGACGUUGCGAUAUCCACUAAAACGUAACUGGGGAAUAUCUUAAAUGCGUUGUAAUCGCCAGGGCAAGGAUUUUAUUGUAGCUCUCUCGGGGAUCAGGAUAUACAACUUCACUGGGAUUUAUUCUGAAGGGAAAAGACGAAGAGAACAAUGGGGAGGAGGACGGUGCCGUUGUUUCUCUCAUUCCUCUCCUUCUGUUUGGCGGCUGGCCAGGUCAGCUAUUCCAUUCCCGAGGAAUUGCCAAAAGGAUCAUUAAUCGGUAACAUCGCCCGAGAUUUGGGACUGGAAAAUAAAAGGUUAUCAUCGGGAAAAGCUCGAAUUUUUACUGGAGACAACACGAAUUACGUCGAGCUGAAGAGAGAACGGGGAGUCCUCCUUGUCAAAGAGAAAAUAGACAGGGAGCUGCUCUGUGGGCAGACGACGCCUUGCGCUCUGCAUUUUCAGGUCAUUCUGGAAAAUCCCAUGGAGCUGUACAGCGUCGCUGUUGAAAUCGCCGACAUUAAUGACAACGCCCCGCUAUUUGAAAAAUCGGACAUGAAAUUUAAGAUAAGCGAGUCUGCAGUCAUAGGAGCUAAAUUCUUGUUAGAGCGAGCCAUAGAUCCCGAUGUUGGCGUGAACGGUCUUCAGAGUUAUUUCCUUACAAAAACAGAACAUUUCGUUUUGAAGUUGAAAGAUCAACCUGACGGUGAAAAGACUGUUGAAAUGAUUUUACAAAAGCCUCUCGAUAGAGAGAAAAUAGAGGAGAUAUUUUUGGUGUUAACUGCAGUGGACGGAGGACAACCGCAACUAUCUGGCACGGCAAAAAUACAUGUUACAGUGCUUGAUGCUAAUGACAAUGCGCCAGUUUUUACUAAAUCCCUUUAUAAAGCUACUAUUCCAGAAAAUGCCUCUAAGGGUACUGUUGUAAUCAGAGUCAGUGCCUCUGAUGCUGAUAAAGGACUAAAUUCAAACUUAAUUUAUUCUAUCUCUAACACAGCAGCAGACAUACGGGAUUUGUUCACAAUGAAUGAAUCAAAUGGCGAUCUAAUAUUGACUGGCAGCAUUGAUUAUGAAAAAGCCCGUUACUAUCAAAUACAUGUCCAAGCAAGUGAUGAAGGAGGAUUGACAGAUUCCUGUAAAGUGACUGUUGAUGUUAUGGAUAUUAAUGACAACAAGCCAGUUAUUAAUAUAAUAUCACCAAAUAACGUAAUCGCAGAAGACUCUAAACCAGCCACAGUUGUGACCAUGGUAAAUGUUCAGGAUUUAGAUUCAGGGGAAAACGGAAAAGUUCACUGUGCUAUUGAUGAACAUAUUCCCUUUGCGUUAAAAUCAGCAACAAAUGGUUUCUUUAACCUUGUGACAGACAGUGAAUUAGACAGAGAGAUGGCCUCAGAGUAUAACAUCACAGUGACCUGCUCUGAUGAAGGAGUCCCCUCCCUCUCCAGCAGCGUCACUCUCACCUUGCAGAUCUCUGAUGUGAAUGACAAUGCUCCUGUCUUUGAGAGGAGCUCCUAUGAGGCCUACAUUAUAGAAAACAACACACCAGGUCUCUCUAUAUUCACAGUGAAAGCCACAGAUGCUGACUGGAACCAGAAUGCCCGUGUUUCUUACAUACUGGAGGACUCCUCUGUUAACGGAGUACCAGUCUCCUCAUAUGUGUCCGUUAGUGCUGAUAGUGGAGUCAUACAUGCAGUGCGCUCUUUUGACUACGAGCAGAUCAAAGAUUUCCAGUUCUGCAUCAAAGCGCAGGAUGGAGGCUCUCCUCCACUCAGCAGCAACGUGACUGUGAAAAUGCUGAUCCAGGACCAGAACGAUAACCCUCCUCAGGUUCUGUACCCGGUCCAGACUGGUGGCUCUGUGGUAGCUGAAAUGGUGCCUCGUUCAGCAGAUGUGGGCUACCUGGUGACCAAAGUGGUGGCUGUUGAUGUGGACUCUGGACAAAACGCCUGGCUCUCCUAUAAACUGCAGAAAGCCACAGACAGGGCGCUGUUUGAAGUGGGCUCACAGAAUGGAGAAAUAAGAACAAUCCGUCAGGUGACUGAUAAAGAUGCUGUGAAACAGAGACUGACUGUGAUAGUGGAGGACAACGGGCAGCCCUCUCGCUCAGCUACAGUCAUUGUUAACGUGGCGGUGGCGGACAGCUUCCCUGAAGUGUUGUCCGAGUUCACUGACUUUCCUCACGAUAAGGAGUACAAUGACAACCUGACUUUUUACCUGGUCUUGGCUCUGGCUGUGGUCUCCUUCCUCUUCAUCACGUGUUUAGUGGUUAUUAUAUCAGUCAAGAUCUACAGAUGGAGACAGUCUCGCAUCCUGUAUCACUCCAACCUCCCUGUGAUUCCAUAUUAUCCUCCACGUUACUCAGACACUUUGGGAACAGGGACUCUGCCACACGUGUACAACUACGAGGUGUGCAGAACCACUGACUCCAGAAAGAGUGACAAUAAGUUUGGAGGAGCUGGUGGUCAGAACGUGUUGAUAAUGGAUCCCAGUUCUACAGGAACCAUGCAGCGGAUACAGAGCGAGAAGAGCAUCCUGGAUGAACCUGACUCUCCUCUAGAGGUUAGACAACAUUUUAUUCAUUUAUACUGUGUGGGUGUGUCUGGAGGAUGGGGGGGAGUAACAUGUUUUUAGAUUUAUUUUCUUCUGCUAUUCGUUGUGCUCUGGUCUCAAGUGGAAAUGUAAUCACUUAUUAGUCAAACUGUCAAACCGAAAUUACUUAUUAUUCUAAGAUUAGCAAGUGUGGCUGGUCCCUCGCACCCCAGUCACAGACUAUUUCAGUCACUUCCCUCUGGCAGGAGGCUGCGGUCCAUCAGGACCACAACUUCACGCCACCAGAACAGUUUUUUCCCAUCUGCUACCAGUCUUAUGAACAAGGCCAAGAGCCACCCGUAAAACUGGACACUCUCUCUCUCGCCCGUUUAGGACUUACAAGCUUCUGCGUUACAUUGACGCACAGUUUGCUGAGUGUAUACAGCUUCCGUGUAUACAUCCUUUUUACUUCUUAUUUUACUGUACUCUUAUUUUUCGUCUGCAUCAUCAACAUCAAAUCAAAUUCCUUGUAAGUGCAAACCUAUUUGGCGAUUAAACUUGAUUAUGAUGAUUCUGACGAUACAAAGAAUUUCUGGGGUGGAUUUUGUGAAACCAAGUAUGCACUUGUAAUUAGUUGGCGUGUGCAGAAAUGUUCGGCUGGUUUUUGGAUUGAUUUCAUAUAUUUAUUUAAAGUUAUCCUUUUUAGGAUUUGGAACUGUCUUUAUUUGCAAGGUUUUGCGGUCUAUCACCUCUAGUUGUGGAUUUCAGAACCAUGGAGAGAUACACAUAUAGUGCCUUGCAAAAGUAUCAACCUAUCUUGGCUUUUUACUUAUUUUGUUACAUUUCAACAUAAAC